AUGAGUUAUCCACCUCCCUACGGACCACCGCCACCAAACGAUAACUUAGGAUGGCAAGUGCCUUCAAAUCCACCAUAUCCAACAUCAGAUUAUGGACUAAUUUCUCAACCACAACCUCCUAUGCCAAUCUACGUUCCUUCCGUAAUAGUUCCUGUUCCUGUUGCAUCACAAAUGCCUCAGGUACAGAUACCACAAAUGCCGACGAUGCCUCAGAUACCAACGAUGUCACAAGUGCCACAGGUACCACCAAUAGUGCCAAUGCCACAAAUCCCGCAAUCAAAUCAGAGCCAAUCCACAUACGUCAGAAACAUCCACCAUGGCCAACUAUCAGGGUCAGAAGAAUUUCAAGUAACGGGAUACCCUGAAGAAUAUGACUGGGUUUUGACAACUCCAACCACAGCGACAAAUCUUGCUGGUAGGGCUGUGGUGGGUGGCAAGGAUAGUUGGGACGGAAGCCCUUUGUGGGUGAUACGUGGUUGGCACAGAGGAAAUUUAAUGCCAGGGAGCCUAUCUUUAAGGAAAAAUAAAGCAUAUGUAACGCACGAUGGUAACGAGGUAUCAAUAGGUAACAUUGAAGUGCUGUGUGCAAAGCCUGAUUAUCUGAAAUGGUUGCCAGCGGCAAAUGGUAAUGUUCCACCUGGAGCUGUUGUUGGUGGAAAAACAACAACCGGAGAACCUCUGUAUGUUGGAAGAGCAAUACACCAGUUGUCAGUAAUACCCGGUAAAAUACAUCCUGCGCAUGGAACGUGUUACGUCGGAUUUGGGGGUACCGAAGUUGCUUGUAGUCAUUAUGACGUGCUUUGCAGGCUAAGUUGA